AUGGGAUUAGCUACCAUACAAGUGGCUACAAACAACUUUUCAAACCAGAAUAAAAUUGGAGAAGGCGGACUCGGGCUGGUGUACAAGGGCAGAUUGGCAGAGGGAAAGGAAAUAGCGGUCAAGAGGCUGUCGGAAACUUCAGUUCAAGGCAUUGUCGAACUGGUGAGCGAAGUCGCCUUGAUUGCGAAACUACAACACAGGAACAUUGUGACACUCUUGGGAUGCUCCUUAGAGCAAAAUGAGGAGCUGCUAGUACGUGAAUACAUGCCCAACAAGAGCUUAGACAUGGUUCUCUUUGAUUCGAGCAAGAGUAUGCGACUUGAUUGUAAGACACGCCGGAAGAUCGUUCACGGAGUCGCUCGAGGACUUCUAUACCUGCACGAGGAUUCUCAUCUCAAAAUCAUCCAUAGGGACCUCAAGGCUGGCAACAUCUUGCUGGAUGAUGACAUGAACCGGAAGAUAUCGGACUUUGGGAUGGCGAGGAUUCUCGGGGAUAACCAAAUUGUCGCAAACACCAACAGGGUUGCAGGAACAUAUGGAUACAUGGCUCCAGAGUACGUGAUGGAAGGGAUUUUUUCGAUGAAGUCGGACGUUUAUAGCUUCGGGGUUCUUGUGCUAGAGGUAAUUAGCGAAACAAAGAGUAGCCACUCGCAUGCGAUAGAACCUGGUCAGACGCUGCUUGCGUCAGCAUGGAAACUGUGGUCUCAUGGCCGAGCGCUGGAAUUGAUGGACGCUUCGCUUAAGCAGUCGUACGAUGCAGAUCGAGUGCCGAAGUGUAUCCACAUUGGGCUGUUGUGCGUGCAAGAAGACGCGAAGAACCGGCCGUGCAUGUCCUCUGUUGUUGUCAUGGUGGGUGGGAACGGCACAGAACUUCCCGGGCCAACUAAGCUGAUGAGCUUGGCUGGACGAGCGCUUUCGAUACUGGGAUCGGACAAGCCGCUUCUUUAG